GUACACUGAAAAAUAGAGGAAUCAGGUAAAGUCAUUGGUGAAGUAUCACUGGGAACUCAGUUUAAGUGACAAACAUGUUCUUAGAACAAAACAUCUCAGGUUGCAGGAAGUUGUUGAGACGCUCUUUUUUUUCCCUUUUGUAUUGUUGAGGCAUGCAUGUAGGCUACACGGUGACUUUUUUUUUUUUAUCUGACAGGCUGUUCAGAAAGCACACAUACUGUUCAGACUGAUUUUUGAGCCACACUCUGUCUAAAAAGACAAAAGUGGGCGCUUGGAAAAAUGUGACGUCUGUAGGGAUGUGGAAACAGAGAAGCACGGCUUUGUGGGAGAGUUUAGUAAAGCCCCAGAGAGCCAAGAGAGAGAGGGAGAAAAAUAAAGAGAGAUAGAGAAGGAAAUUUAGAAAGGGAGAGGGGAGUGUCUGUUUAAGAGCUUCCUGUGAAGAGCUGCCGACAUAGAAAUGGUAUAGAAAGGGAAGAAAGAAAGCUGGUGACAGGUGAAACUGAAAUCACAUCGUUUACUUAAAGGUGGAUCAGAGAAGUUGAAACCAGACCAUCGACAUGGGAAAGCAGAACAGCAAACUCCGUCCCGAAGUGAUACAGGACCUGCUGGAAAACACAGACUUCACUGAGCAUGAGAUCCAGGAGUGGUACAAGGGUUUCCUGCGGGACUGCCCCAGCGGUGCACUCAGCAUGGAAGAAUUUAAGAAGAUCUACGGCAACUUUUUCCCCUAUGGAGACGCGUCAAAGUUUGCAGAGCACGUCUUCAGAACCUUCGACGCCAAUGGAGAUGGAACAAUAGAUUUCAGAGAGUUUAUCAUUGCCCUGAGCGUUACGUCACGCGGCCGUUUGGAUCAGAAGCUAAAGUGGGCCUUCAGUAUGUACGAUCUGGAUGGCAAUGGAUACAUAAGCAAGGCGGAAAUGCUCGAGAUUGUACAGGCCAUCUAUAAGAUGGUAUCUGCAGUGAUGAAGAUGCCAGAGGAUGAGUCCACACCUGAGAAACGCACAGAGAAGAUCUUUCGCCAGAUGGACACAAAUCGUGAUGGCAAGCUGUCACUCGAAGAGUUUGUAGAGGGAGCAAAGAGCGACCCAUCCAUUGUGCGACUGUUGCAGUGCGAUCCCAGCAGUGCCGGGCAGUGAAUCAGCAGCGUCUCGCUUCUGUCAUAACCUCUCAUAAGUCUUUCUGUUCAGUCAGAGCCUGGACUCCAAAACUACACCCCUAUCUGAGUGUCUGUGAGUUUCCCACCGAACACCAGGCAUGGAAACCAUUUCGGACGCCCAUUUCGGCAACCAUUUUUUCCCCACAGACACACAUCAGGUUACGUUCAGAAACUGAUAUACAGAAGUCAUGCACACUAAGCUUGUGUGCAUGCAUCUCUCUGUACUUUGACUUCCUCACAUAAGACUUUUACACAUUAACACAAUGCAAGUGACAGUACUUUUGGUACUGAAAUAAACCCCUUCAAAAUGGGCUUUAAAAAUUAACAGAGGUUCUCUGAAAGGGUGCUGAAGCGAACUUUUCUAAGCAUGCAAAAUGCAUGGGAUAAUAUGACACUUUGUCAAAAAUCAGACUGCAUAUGCUUUCUAAACACCAAACUAUAGUAUAUUUAAUAAUUAUUUUUAAGAAUUUACUAAAUUAAAUCAUUUUACACAUACAAUAACAAUUGUCAUUCUUCGUGUUCCUAGUAUUUCAAUUCCAUUCAGCACAUACAUCUAUUUAAGAGAGGUACUCGGGCGACAUAUCAAAGUUUUUUUUACUUGAAGUUUUUUUUUUUUCCAACAUUUAUUGCAUUAUGAUGUCAGAGCCUGUGAUAGAAAAUCUUAAAGAAAUGCUUGGGAUAAAAUUUUGUCAUGAUGGUGCUCCUUUUAUAAAGCACCAAAUAUAAUGUUUAAAAAUAAUAAUUCUUUACAAAAUAUUUUUAAAUCAUUAUUGCUGCAUAGGACUGAAAAUAACCAUAUAGUUAGAAAAUGUCAUUUAAGGACAGGGACGACAAUAAUAUUGAUCUUGCUGCUUCAAAUGAGAGGAAACAUGAGAAAGUAUUAGACAAAGAAAUUGUAGAUUUAAUUAUGGUUUAACUUGGUGGGUGAUAAAAAUGUUUCGCACCACAAAAAAAAAAAAAAAUGCUUUUCAUUAUUGAAAUGACAUUUUCUUCUGUUUCAAAUAAUCAUUUGUACAGUGAAAGCAUAUCUUAUGUUGCAUUGUGACAAUGAGCAGCGAAAACCACACAUUAUUAUGCACAUAAACAACAGACCAUGAAGUCCUGCAGCAUUUACAGCCAGACACCAGCCAACAGAUUCACAGUCUUCACAGAUUUCUAGCACCCUUCCUGCUCUAUCCAGACCUUGAUUCAGUCAAUGUUCUGCCCACACCUUCAAAAAAUACUACAUAUUACCAUGAGCAACAUGCUAAAGCGAAUUCGAAUUUGACUGAAUCUUGGCCUUAGUAUUCUUUUCGGGUCUUUUAUUUUUAUAUCCUGGAUAAAACAAAAGCUCAAAUCAUUUUGCACAUACUGCAUGUGGGUCAAACUGAAUGUAUUCUCUGCAUUUUCUGGGACGUUCUGUACAUUUUAGGAUGAAUAUGUGCGUAUGUGGUAUGUAUGUGGUGCUUUUUGAGUACUCGUGUGUUUAUCCAGUGUUUGUCUAUGCAUACAUUUCAGUCAGCACUUGUGAGCGUUCUGUCAGUGACAGGACUAUGGAGAGACAAUUGGAGCGUAUAGGAAAGAAUAUUAAUGUGUAUGAAUAUGUCUGCACAUCCUCAGGGUUUGAAGUGGCUGUGUUUUAAAAUGCAAGGGACUGUGUAAAUGGAUGACAUGUGCUUUUUGUGUGAUGCAAAUCCAUAGUACAUUUAUAAAUACACAAACACUCGCUCACAAGCAAACCACAUCUUAUUUGAGGCCACAUGUGAGAUGGAUAGCCAUCAGAAACUCUUUGCUGUGAAGUCAAUGUUGUAAUGAUCAAAUGUUUUUCAGCCACAUGCUGAUUAGAACAAUCGUGAAGGAGCUUGGAUUUAAAACCAAUAACAAAAGAAAACAAAUGAGUUUUUAUUUUUUCCUUGUUUGUAGAAUCUCCUUCAUAGAAAAACGAUUUAGCAUCUGGCAUUCUAAACCGCACAAGACAGCAACAUGUGGUCAAGUGCCAAACACAUAAAUAUAUAUGGCAAAACAAACAGUGUUCUAUCACUUUAUGCUGUACAACUGUUACCUGUCAAACUAAAUGUUUGUCAUUAUCAUUUUGUAGAUUUUAUAUGGUAACCUGUACAUUGUAUGAGUGUAGAUAUUAUAAACGCAGGCAUCUGUUUUGGUUAUAUCAUAAAUAAAAAUCUUAAAGAAAGAAA